AUGUUGAUGGGCGAGCAGACCGGGACGACGGGCCACUCGUGGUCGUCCAUAUCGGCCAUCAUCGCCCACUGGCGUUCCUACCGACACAUCCACCGCAUCGCCCUAGUCAUAUUCGUCCUCUUAACCAUCUUUGUGCUGGAAAGGUACCGGACAGCACUGGCCAGUACGUUCCAAACGUCAAGCGAGACGAGGGAUCCCAUCGCCGUUCCUGGAGGAAACUCAGCAGCCCAGCAGGAGAACCAUUAUGAACCUUAUCCCGAGGCCACCAAUCAAGGAGGAGGGGGAAAACAUGAGGAGGAGACCCAGUUGACACCCGAACAACUCCUCGAGUUGUCCCAAACCAACGCGGGCAACAGCACCCUCGGCUUCCACGCCAUCAAGUACAUCAACAUGAAGGCCCGCUAUGACCGCGAGGACGCCAUGGCGCUGCAGGCGUACAUGUCCGGACUCGAUAUCGAGGAUUACCCGGCUGUGGAGGCGGAUAUGAUUGACCCUGUUGGGAUGCCGCCUACGCAUCGGCCGGGAAAGCUGAAGACGGGUGAGAAGGGGUGUUGGAGGGCUCAUGCUAAUAUCUGGUCCGAAAUGACCCGCCACCGCCUCCCCCCCAUCCUAAUCCUCGAAUCCGACGCCGCCUGGGACCUCAACAUCCGCGCCAUCAUGUCGCGCCUCAACAGCCACUUCAUCUCCUUCCUGAACCAAAUCAACUCCACGGCCGUGCACGACCCAUCCUUUGGUUCCCCAAAUAACCACAAAGUCCACGGGCCCCCUCCCCCUUAUUCCCCUGACAAGCCUAUAGUGGCCAACCCCGAUGACCCCUGGUUAUCCGCCCACUGGGAUUUAUUUUCUGUAGGGCAAUGUUUUGAGUACACGCAGGAUCACGAGAUUAAACUUGUGUAUGAUGAUGAGAGUGUUCCGGAGGGGAAUGAUUACUGGGGACAGAAGAUGGGGAAGGAGAGGGUGAUUAGGAAGAGUGGGGGGAUUACGUGCACGACUGCGUAUGCUAUUAGUCAUACGGGGGCGGCGAAGCUGUUGUUGAGGAGUGCGUUGGAUCUGGAUAACCCUGUUGAUUUGUUGAUGAGGAGGCUAGUGAUGAGUCGCGAUUUGGUGUCUUAUAGCUUGUUCCCGCCCGUGGUGGCGCAGUGGGAGUAUAUCGGGGGGAUUGGCAUGGGGGAGAGAGGGGCGCAGAGUGAUAUCAAUGGCGGGAAACAUAAGGAUACGCCGGAGAAUGCGCACAUGCCCGGGUGGAAGGAUGUCAAGGACACGGGAUCGAUUUGGACCACCAAGGGACAUCAUAGGGAUGUUGCGUUUGACAAGAUGGCCCUUAAGGAGGCGUGGACCGAGAUUAUUGGGGAGGAACCGAAGAAGUUUGAGGAGAGCUUGUAUAAUCCUGAGACGGGGAAUUAA